AUGGAUGAUCAAGUGAUGUGUGCAGAAAUGAUGAAAAAAGAUCUUCCAACAUUGUUACAAGAUGACAAAGACGCGAUUACUAGUGUCCAAAAGAACAUGGAUAGUUUCAUUAAACUUCUUGAAACUAAUUACAAAAAGCCGGCAGAGGUCACAGACGCUGUCAAACAUUUCCAAAAGAACGCCGAGUCUUUCACUGAAGAAAUUGAACAAAUUUCAAAAAGUUUAUCUCAAGCCAACUCGACGUUUAAAAGGGUAUAUGAUAACCUCAGUCCUUCGCGCGCGUUACUUGAAGAAAUUGCCAAUAGUGAGAAGAACGAUUGUAUUAAUGAAGACGCAGAAAAACACAAUGAAAGUGAAUAA